AUGGCCACCACGGUGCCGGAGCCCAUGUCUGUGGCAGAGCUGACAUUUGCUGGUGUUCCCUAUGUCAUUUCUGUGGGGGGUACCUUUCCGGCUUCGUACGUGGAGGAGAUCACCCACAAGACGGGCAACUACAAACCGUUUCAUGUCUUUCUUCGUAUGCUCGUCUCGGCUCUCGACGGCUCGUCUGACUCUGUUUACAUCGAUUUGCUGACCUAUGCUGAUUUGGAAGCCUUGAAGCAAAAGCGGAAUCAUGCUGAUCGUCAUGGCGCUUCGGCGCUCAACGGCUCGGUCGCCGGUGGUCCCAAUGCCCGCGCCUCAAAGCGGUAUCUCAUUCUCACCUACGCCGUCGAGUUUGAUCGGGUCCACUUUCCGCUCCCGCUCACAUACCUAGAGUAUGUUGACGCGCCGACGCUGCAGCGGACCAUCAAGCGGCUGCGGAGUGAGAUCGCUGAGCUGCGCGCGGCCGGGCCCGGCGCGGCUUCGGUCUCGUUUGCCCACUCGGACGAGACUGCCCUCGUUGCCCGGCUCCAGGCUGAGCUGGCCCAGGCGCGCGAGGAGGCUCGGAUGGCGCGCGACCUUGCCGCCGAGGCUGCCGAGCAGUCGCGUCGCAUUGCCGAAGAGUCUGCGCGCCGCAACGACGAGCUCCGGGGCAUCAUCGCUGACCUGGAGGCGCAGCUGGCGGCGCGCCCGCGGGCGCCGCGGCCCGCGCCGCGGCCUGCCCGCGACUCGCCGCGCCGCUCCGGAGCCGGCCGGCCGCGGCGUGCCAGCUCAACCUCGCGCUCGCGCCGCGACCCGUCGCCCGGUGCCGCGUCGGGCGCCGACUCGGCGUCGGCGUCGCGCUCACGCUCGCGGGUCAAGGCCCGUGUCCGCCGCAAGACCUCGCGCUCGCGUGGGGGCUCGCCGGCCGGCGCCGCCUUUCCGCGCUUUGACCCCACAGCGUAUGUCCGAGAGCAGAAACGCAAGAUGGCGUCGUCGAGCAAGACCAGCUCCAAGUGGGGCCCGCCACCUCGGCGGCGGGCUUCGUCACGCUCGUCGUCGCGAGCCUCAUCCCGGGCCUCGUCCCGCCGCGGCUCGCUCGACUCGGACGCGUCCAUCGGCGACUCGCGCCGCCGCACUUCGCGCCGCCGCUCGCGCUCGGCCUCGCGCGCCGCACACGUCGCCGACCGCUUGUACUCGGCGUCGACGUCGGCGUCCAAGGCCAAGGCCAAGUCUCGGAGGGCAAACAAGGCCUCGCCGACAAGCAGAUCUAAGCGGUCGAGCAGCCGCAACAAGCGCAGCCGCGCUACCCCAUCCGGCCUGCCGAAGCAGCGCUCACUCACCUCGCAGCUCGAGGCCACCCUUCCGCCGCGCAACCCGCCGGGCGCAGACGGCCUGUUUGUCGCGCCGCCGCGUGCAGGACCUGGCGCCGCGCACUCGUUCUUCACCGACGAGCCGCUCUCGCCGCCGCGCCACGCCCGCCGCUCGCCGCCGCGCUCCUCGCCGCCGCGCUCCUCGCCGCCGCGAGGCGACGAGAUCUACGACAUCAACGCUCGGCUCGACGCCCUCCAGUCGUUCCUCAAGGGCGCGAAACGAUCCGAUGCCUACCCGCGCGCAUGACAGGACGUAAACCCUCUGCCACCUCA